ACAAAGUAUUCAGCAGAAUGCCACCCGACUUCACAAAGGCCUUCAUAGGAGAUGGUGUGGAACGCACGACUGCCACCAGGCUGGCCUUCUCCUCGAACAACGAUUACACCGAAGAAAGGCUUACAGACAAGGUCUACUAAAAGAUGGUGGGAACCUGGAAAGAUUUGGAGUUGCAUUUCCGAGGGUCGAGGAGAAGAUGUGGCUUGACAUGGAAAUUCGUGUUCUUGGUGAAAGCAUUCCAGAAACCAGUCACAAGAUACCAAAGAUAAAAUUUGCCGUAUCUGGGCCUGUAUUUCCCCUCGAUCUGCCGGCUUUGGAGAUCGACGACAUAUGCUCUUCGAUUGCAGGAGCUAUAUACCCACAGACCGGACUAGAUUUGGAUUCCUCUGAUAUCCUGCGAGGACCAUAUCGGGUGGACGCACAACAACGUCAUCUCGCGCAGGAUUUAGUCACACUGGACACGUUCCUGGCUACAGACACGAUGCAACUAGGAAUGGGAGACUUGCUGUGCCUGGCAGUCACUCUCGUUUCAUCCGUGAUCCAGCUUGGGAAAACACCCUGGCUAGUAGAACCAUGGAGUCGGCACAACAUUGUGUUUCUACGCCUCAAGGGCGAUAGAAACUCGCAAAUAGAUGCCAAACACCCUUACUUGGCUCACAAAUACGAGACAGUGACUCAGGGGGUGCCUCUGCCCCAGAUUUCGGACAGCUUUAUAAAACUCACCUGCCGUCAAAGGAUGCUUUCUCUUGGCGUUAUGCUCCUAGAGAUCCACUGCGGAAAUCCAUUGGAGGAUAUGACGAAGCAAGCCGACUUGGGCCGCGAUGGCUUACCGAAUGAAGAAACCAGUUAUACCACUGCAUCAAGGGUGCUUGAAGAACGAAUCAACGAUGGGCAGGUAUCCUUUGGUUUCAAAAGUGCCAUCGAGUGCUGCCUUCACCUUUCUAGGCAGCCGGAUGCGUCUUUUGAGAAUUCGGAUUUCGUGCGGUCGAUAGAGGAAUAUGUACUGGAGCCCUUGGAACGCGAGAUGCAACGGUUUCUCUUUGGGUGAAAUCACCAUGCUAUUCUCGGGGUCAAUCAUAACAUUG